CUCUUUAUUCUAUUUCUCGCUGUCGAGCUGUGCGGUCGUCAAGCGGGUGUAUUUGAUUCGAAAGCAAAAACCUGAUAAAAAAUGAAGUUCCAACUGGCUCUGUGCCUGGUCGCCAUUGCGGCCGGCAUUGUGGUUGCUGAUGAGAGCAAAGGACCCAAAGUGACUGACGAGGUUUACUUUGACAUCACCAUCGGCGGCGAUGCGGCAGGUCGCAUUGUGAUCGGUUUGUUUGGCAAAACCGUUGAGAAGACCGUGAGGAACUUCAAGGAGCUGGCUGAGAAACCACAGGGCGAAGGCUACAAGGGCAGCAAAUUCCAUCGCAUCAUCAAGGACUUCAUGAUCCAGGGUGGCGACUUCACCAAGGGUGACGGCACCGGUGGACGCUCCAUCUAUGGCGAACGCUUCGAGGAUGAGAACUUCAAGCUGAAGCACUAUGGCGCUGGAUGGUUGAGCAUGGCCAAUGCUGGCAAGGACACCAAUGGCUCCCAGUUCUUCAUUACCACCAAGCAGACCAGCUGGCUGGAUGGCCGUCAUGUUGUCUUUGGCAAGAUCCUUUCGGGCAUGGAUGUGGUCCGCAAGAUUGAGGCUAGCAACACCGAUGCUCGUGAUCGUCCCGUCAAGGAUGUGGUGAUUGCCGACAGUGGCACCAUCCCCGUUCCCGAGCCCUUCUCCGUUACCAAGACUGAUGCCACCGAGUAAACCGGGAACGCAUAAUACGCAUUUUAAUCCAUCUCUUACAAACAUAAUCAAUUCAAUAUCAAUAAUAGAGAUUUUCUUUUCUCAAGUACAUUGAAACAUUUAUUAUUUGUGUCUAAAACCAUCGAUUUUGCCCCAAUGUUGCAAUUGGGAUUUUGCAUUUACAAAACAAAAAAAACUACUGCAUAUUGCAAUUUAAAUUGUCCUCUAAGCAAAAAUACUCUGUGCUCAAUUAUUCACAAAUUGUACUGUCAAGAAAUGCAUAAAUAACUAUGUGAUAAAAACAAAA